AGCCCUGUGGUAGACAUUGAAUUGGAGUGACGUUUUUUGGCACUUGUAAAAAAAAUAAAAUAGAGGGACUGCAGAGAACAGUUUGAUGCCUGCAUCUUGUGCAGUAUGAAAAGGAAGAGGUUAAGCUGCUCUUGGCUGUAUUGUAUUGAUUGAGGCCCACGAAAAGAAAAUACAGCUGUAAACAGUUAGGAGUAUUCCCUAGUAGCUGUGGUUUUUUUGAGGGGAUAAGUCAUUGAACUGGGACACUGAAGGCUUGUCUCCUUCAUCUCCAUCCACGAUCCUGUGCCUGUAAGCUUUGUGUAAUUUCAGAGCCUGCAAAGAGCCGCUGUCGUUUAUUGCUUCGGGAUGCCAGCAAGAAACAAGUCAGAUGGAUUGUAAAUGCACCUGCUUUGUCUAAACCCCAGCCAAACAGAUAAGUGCCCUUUUAAUUAUCUUACAAUAGCAUUUUAGACAUACCGUUGCACAAAACAUCUCUCUUCAGUUUGGUUUCAAUUCGAUGAGCCCUCUGUGUUUCACUGUUGCAAACGGAUGCUCUGUGCUUCCCCUCUCAGCUGAGAAAUACCAGAUGAUAUCAGUAUUUCACGUAAGCUAAUUAAUUAGCAUCCGAGGGAACUGCAGCUGAUGGAUCAGGAAGCUCCUAGGAGUCUUUCCCUGCCACUCUGGAUCUGUUGUCUCCAGGCUUUGGGACUCCAAGGAGUGGCUCUGUGGGACCAGAUGAGGCUGAUGUGACUCAUCUGAGCCUUAAGAAGUCCUCUGGGACUCAUUAGAGGUUUAAUAACUAAACUUGGCUGAUUUGAUUGAGAAGAUGCUUGUGCAGGCUUGGCGCGAUCUCAGAGAAAUCAGCUAAUGCUGCUGGCAGGAGAGAGGACUUUUUACAUGUGCUAUUCAUAUGUGUGUAGAGAAAGUGAUAACUCCUGCUUCUUCCUGCUGUUUUCCAGGUGGGAGAAUAGCUGGGAUGGGGGAGAAAAGCCUUUAGUCUAGAAGGGUAUACACAGAGGUGUCGUGGGUGAGUGGUAACAAGAAUUGUUCCCUCAAAGUUAUGAGGAUAUUUAUGUCAUUGCCUGGAAAAUACAGACUAUCAAGAAAUAACUUCAGGCUGCUUAGGUCUGCUUCUAAGGGUGACCACUGCCUGCUCUUGGACACGCCACUGCAAUCAUUAAAUAAUUUAAGAAAUCCAUAAAACAUGGGUUUGUGUACAGUGCGGCUUUGUAAUAGUAUAAAGCCACAGGGCAAGGGCAAAUAUUCCCUCUACCUGCAAUUCACCACGUUAGAAUAAUGAAAAAGCCACUAAAGCUGUGCACUUGAGCAUUGGAGGAGAUGUGUGGCAGGAGGAGGAACAGGAGCCAGACUCUCACUCCGGACCUGUCGUGUCUGCUCUGCCAUGGUUAAUUAGCAGUGUAAAAUGUCUACCAUGCUGUUAGGAAAACUACAAACAGGUUUGCAGCAGCAAAGUGGACUGUAUUAACUAAUGUGAAUUCAUCUUACCUACCUAAACAGAAGGUGAGUUUCUUGGUUAAGGUGCCAGCCUAAAACUGAGAGAGACUGGAGAGACAAGGCAGUGAAUUAAAAGGUUACUGUGGGGUGAGAGAACUGGAUCUAGAUCAGCUUGUGUGACUUCCAGAGGGUAUGAAGUUCCCUCUUUUCUAGGAAAAACUCUUCACUCCUGCUGUUGUUACUGAGAAGGUUUUUAUAUUAAUAGAAGAAAUGACAUAUUUGAUAUUAAUGACUAUCCUCUGUCUUACAAUUGUAAACAGUACUUGUUCUUGACUCUUCAGUACUCUGAUAACAAACAGGCUUGACAGUUUAUUAAGAAACUCUGGUGAGAAAACCGGGAUUUGUUCAUUCAACAAGGAUGGAUAGGAAGUUAAAUAAAUUCAAAUCAUCCUUUUCCCUCUGUUAGGAGAACUCUUUCCUCCUCAAAAAUAUUUAAUUUUUAUUUUAACCUCAAGGUCUAGGUGAGUAGGUUUGCAACUUGAAAUCUGCUUUGUGCCAGCAUGCUGGAUACCAAUGUUCACUCAAAUUAUGUCCCAUUAAAUUAACCUUAACCUGGCCAGUUCCAGUCUGGGCAUCAAAGCUGCAUUUGAACAUCAUAUCCUGAAGCAUCUUGUAAUGCUUUUUGUUCCGUGGCAGAAGAGGCAGAAAACACUAACAGUCCCUCUCAGGAGCUGUACUGAUGUGGGAUAUGACAGUGUGUUAUAUGCACCUGGAGUCUGGGUGGUGCAUCCAGCAGCUGAAAAGAAUAGACUCAAAUAAUCUUGAUAGGCUUCCGCAAAAAAUCUUGUCCAGAAAAGAAGACCCCUGAAUCCCUAACUCUUUUCUUGUCUUACAGGUGAACCUUGAGGACACUUGCGAGGCAGUAGCUCCUGAAUGCAUGAGCUUCCCCUGUGAUUAGAAGAAGAGCCAUGGGGAAAGACAAGAAAGAUGAGGCUGUCUUUCUGAGGAAAAAGAUAACUUUGCUGAGGGCUUUUUCACUCCUCAUCGGCAGCAUGGUUGGCAGUGGCAUCUUUAUCUCCCCAAAAGGAGUACUGAAAAACUCCGGCAGCGUGGGUUUCUCUCUGGUUGUCUGGUUUGCCUGUGGGCUCCUCUCAAUGUUUGGUGCCUUGUGUUAUGCAGAGCUUGGGACAAGAAUCACCAAAUCUGGAGGACAUUAUAUCUACAUUUUGGAGACACUGGGACCUCUGCCAGGUUUCUUAUUCCUGUGGGCAGAAUUUUUUGCUAUCAGGCCUGCCAACAGCGCUGUGGUUUCUCUGGCAUUUGGACGCUACAUGCUGGAGCCGUUUUUCGCCCCCUGUGCAGCCCCUGUUCCAGCCGUGAAACUUGUGUCUCUCCUGGGGUACUACACUGUCCUUACCCUCAAUUCCUGGAGUGUCACUUGGAGUGCCCGGCUGCAGACGGCUCUCUCCAUUGUCAAACUCCUGGCUCUUGCACUCAUCAUCGUGCCAGGGAUGAUGCUGCUGGCCCAGGGGCACACUGAAAACUUCCAGGAUGCUUUUGACAGACAAUCACUGGUUUUGGAUAAGCUGCCCCUGGCUUUUUAUGCAGGCAUGUUCGCGUAUUCAGGCUGGUUUCAGACCAGCUUUGUGCGGGAAGAGUUAGUCAGACCUGAACGAAAUAUCCCCCUGGCUGUCAUCGUGUCUGUGAUCACGGUAAUUGUGGGAUAUAUGCUCACCAAUGUCUCUUAUUACACAGUCCUGGGAAAACAAGAUGUUCUGGCUUCUCCUGCUGUGGCUGUGAGCUUUGUACAGCGAGCCUUUAAAAGCCUGAUCUCAGUGGUUCCUGUCCUUGUUGCACUGUCCUGCUUUGGAACCAUGAAUGGAGGAAUAUUCACAUUUUCAAGGACUCUGUUUGUGGCCUCCAGGGAAGGACAGUGGCCUCCUCUCUUCUCCAUGAUCCACAUUCGAAGGCAUACACCCCUUCCUGCUGUCAUGUUAAUGUUUCCUUUGGUUACUGCCAUGGUGUGUAUCGGAGAUAUCUACCAUCUGUUGAACUUCUUCAGCUUUUCCCGAUGGCUCUUCAUAGGAUUAGCCACCCUCGGGCUCAUUGUCCAUCGCUACCGUCACCCAGAACUGCACAGCCCUUUCAAGGUUCCCUUGUUUGUUCCUGUCUCUUUUACCAUCAUCUGCCUCUUCACUGUGGCAAUGUCUUUCUACUCAGACCCUGUGAACAUUAGCAUCGGAUGCACCAUGGUUUUAAGUGGCUUUCCAGUCUACUACCUUAUAAUCCACAGGCAAAUGUCAAAUCGUUGCUGUAGACCAUUCUAUUAUCUUACACACAAACUACAGUUACUGCUGGAAGUAGUCCAACAAGAAGUCAAGACUUACUGAGAAACCCAUCAGAACUCACAGGAGAAGAUAAAAUCUACUUACUCCAUUUCUGUUACCUUUGAUCCUACCAAAAGCAGGCCAUGCUCUUACUCUUUUAAUCACUGCAAAUGAGGAUGAGCCUGAGCCAAAACCUUGAUGCAAGUGUUCCGAAGCUAGCCAGUCAGGAUUGGGAUGAGCAUGUCACAUCUGUUUCUGCCCUUUUCUUUUUUUUAGCAGAACAAUCUGGUUCUCUGAAAUGAGCUUGCUUUGCCUGCAGAGUGUCUUUGAAACCAAGACCUUAAUUUUGCAGUCUAGCCUAGUCCUCAGUGAAACAGUGUGUAUGUAUACACACACACACACACACACACACAAUCUUUUAAAUUUCCUAACUUGGCAAGUAGAGAAAAGGAGCAUGUUGCAGAACUUAAAAUCCAAUGCAUGGAAGCCAAAUGCAGGUUUCAAACCAAAGAGUUGUAGUAGCCAUGCUGUGGACAAGCAUUUUGAAGGUAAAUGGGUGGGGAGAACAAAUUAGAAAUAAGCUAGAUGAACUGGAAAAGAGGGGGCAGGGAAUAAAACUUCAUAAUCAGAAAGUGCAUAUUCUGGUGAAUGGGAAAGUAUUUGAAAACUCUAUGGAAUUCAGAUAUUACCAAAGUAAGGUCAGAAUGUUUUGCUUUGAUCAUUGUAUAAGCAGAAUAAGUUUAUUUGACUUUGAAAUAAUAUUUCAAGUUUGAGUUUUAUUUUCCUGAAAUGACACUUGAAAAUGUACAAAUACAUGGAAAAAAACCUCAGCUAAAUAUCAACAAGAGUAUAAAAAAAUAGAUCCUGAUCCCUUUCCCAGAUUCCCCGUCCUACUCCUUACCUUGUUCUGCAAAUGAAGAUCAAAAUUCAGAUUUUGGUCCAACUCCAGUGAAAUACAAUUUCUGCUUUAGUUAGUUGAGACCACCAAAGAGACCUGGGCAGAUUCCUGAAUAACUGUGUCUUUUAGUGCUGUAAGAACACAUGAAAGACAACGUGUCAGAGCUUUAAGUCUGCAAACGACUUUCUGAAUUGAUACAUAAAUGUCGUUUGAAGUAUUGACAUAAGAAAGAUUUCUGUUACUGGAUUACUUUGGUUUACAUUAUUAAUGUGCCAAAGUUAUAUUCAGAUAAAACAGCAAUUAGCUAUUUCCAAUCACUAAAUUGUUAAUCUUUUCUGAAUAGAUGGGAAGUAGUAUGCUGAGCCUCCUUUAGUGACCUCUGGAGAAAGGAAGAGCAGAACAUGCAGCUUUUUUUAAUCUGUUGUACAAGCAUUUAUGUACUUAGAGUAAAACCAAAGUACCAUUUACAGACCAAAUGUAAUCUACCAACACUUGUAAUAUUCACCAUCAAGAUUUGGAAAUAAAUAAGUUGUUUUUUUUGUUUCCAAAGCAAUUGAGAAUUACUGUUCUUGUUAUGGCUGCCUCCUAUUCCUGUGCUAAAUUAAACCGGGAGAACAGCAGCAUGGUUGCAGAGCUCGUUUCUCCCCUCUUCUCCCAAGUUUAAUUUACAAGCUGGUGGAUAUUGUCCAACAAGAAAUCCAGACUUACUAGGAAAAACCACCACAAACUACAGAGGGUACUGGCUUUUAAUGAUAGUGUAGUUUGAAGUGGCAUCUGGAAAUGUUCCUCAGCUCCCAGGCGGAGGUGGGUUUCCACUUGCACUGGGCUUUGCUGAAGCUGAACCCCUUGCCACACCUUUCUGCAGUGCUCUUUGGCUGGGUCCCAGUGUGGGAAUCAACGGGUGGAAGACCUAGCAGAACCAGGUGAACCCCAUCACUCCAACAUAGCCUGAGUCCAUCCCGUUAGGUACUGGUUUGGGGGAUUGUCUAGAUCUUGAGGUAGAAGCAUGAGGUGCUGUCAGCCUGGUGCUGUGCUGCAGGACCUCUGUGAGCACAGGAGAGUGUGCCCACACCAUAGCAGCAGCAGUCAUUCACCAAGCCUUGGAGUGGUCUGGAAUUGCAAGAAAGCUGCUGUGUGCCUGAAGGUAAACACACAGAAAGGGUGAAACAUCAAGGUUUUGUCUGUUUCCUCUGCUAAGAAAAAGGCAACAAGAACUGAAAUUCCUGAGGGGAAGGAUAAGUAAUUCUCUCUGCUGGAAUGAGUAAUCCUACCUGCUGGACCAUGGUUUCUUCACAUAAAUCAUUUGACAUAUGCUGUGAAAACAUGCUUGGGCGCCUCUGCUGACUGUACAGGAAAAUGAUCUUGCAGGGCUAUAUAUAGGCUGUCUGCUCAAAGACGUGUCAGUUGUUGGAAACACAGACAGAUAAUAGUACCAUAAUUAUGUUGACAGUAGAAAUCAGUGGUUCAACAGCUCCAAAGAUGACAUUGCAAUUAAAAGUGAUGAAAAAUUGAUCUUCAGAAGUAUCAGUUUACAGUAAGCUCGAGUUCCCAAUUUGUGGUGAGUUGUUUGUUUUUGUAGAGGAUGGUAUGCUGUUUCUAGCAAAGCUAUGUAAACAUUUUCUACUAAGCCAGAAUGUUUUUCCUAGAGCUGAUAUCUCGUGCCU